AUGCUUUCCACCCUCCUCGGAAAACUCUCUUCCUUCGCGUGGAAAACGCUCGUUGGAAUCGAACCCAGUACGAUAACCACACUUCAAGCGAAGGUGGACUCUUUGGAAAAAACGAUGUCCACAAUCAACCAAGGUGCCAAAAAAGUGGACGAGAAUAAGAACCCCAUUUCUACUCUGAAAUCAAAUCCCUCAAAUUUAUCCGUCCCCCAGCUAACCGUCACUGAAAAUGUAGAAACUAAACCCACUCAAGAUACAAAUCUUGACUGGAUAAUCAAACCAUGCCCCACGACCCCAGAGAUAAAAGUGACCGAGACGCUUACAACAGAUGCACAAGAAAAGAUUGACGCUUAUGCGAGUAAGCUAGCUGAUUCCUUCGCCAAAAGAAGGGAAGCCGAUAAGGCAUCCCCAACUUAUCAGAUAACUUUCGACCCAGCAAAAUUUUCAUUUGAAAUGGAAUCCCUGCUCGGAUUAGGAGAACAAAUUUCAUUCCUGCGGGAAAAUGUUUUAAUUCCGGCCGCAAAUCCAGAUCUCUUCGCCAAACUUGGAGUUGGACUUCAGGCAGCGAAAGGGAUAAUUUUCCAUGGACCGGCUACCCCAGAAAUGGCGAAUCUUGCCAAGGCAUUGGCCUCCGAAUUGUCUCGUGUCAUGGGACAAGUUGAGAAAGAUAAGGUGUCGGAUGGAAAAAUCAAGGAUAAGGAAGGAGAAAAGAAGAAAAGUUUCAAAUUCUUUGAACGACCCAAAACGAAGACUUUCUCCAAAUAUUCGCACGAGGGAAGUAAAUUUGUGGUGGAAUUAUUCACCGAGGCGAAAAAGGAGGCGCCAUGUGUCAUUCUUUUCGAAGAUAUGCAUACAAUUUCGUAUCCGCAUUAUAACAACGACUUAGAUUUUCCCGACGAUUCCUUCAUCUCAGAAGUGCACAGACAAAUGGAAAACUUGGGUUCGACCGAGGAUGUCAUUGUUAUCGCCACAGUCCCCUCACUCUCGCUAGUUCCUGCCACACAUAAGCUAUGUUUCGAACUGAAAUUGGCUUUUCCUACCAAAUUUGAUGACGAGACGAGAACUCAGAUCAUAAAGCAGACCACAUCCUCCUGGACGGUCAGACCAAGUAUUGAAAUUCUUGACAUGGUUACCGAGCUAAGUGACUCCUUCCACCUUGAGCAAUUGCGUCGCGUUGGAAAAAUGGCGUAUCGUUCGGCGUUACGGAGAGCUUUAAAGGAAGGACGUGUUGGGGGUUGCAAACGGUGCGCAAAUAGACCUGAUAAUUUGAAAGUGGACAAGUCCCUUUUGGAUGGCAUCUCUCCCAGUGAGGAAGACUGGGUCGAGGCUUGUGACGCUAUCAAAUCCCAGAUUGCUGCCGCCGCCUAUAAACGAGCUUCGUGUUCUCGAGAGGAACAUCCACGCAGCGCAGGAUGUCGACGUCGACAUGGGGGAAACGUGGGUGGACUCGAAGAACAAAUUAAAGGGCUCAAGGAAAAUAUCCUGUUUCCGCUCCAGAAUAAGGAUAAUUUAGCAGAGUGGGGGGUUCAUCCUGUGAGGGGCAUAAUUUUCCAUGGACCUCCGGGAACAGGAAAAACACUUCUUGGAAGAGUUCUCGCCGCUGAGCUGACCCGUUUAACAAGCUCGUCAGUUAAGAAAAACAAGUUUUCCUUCUUCUACCAAAAGGCUUCCGACUGCUUCAACCUCUACGUUGGUGAAACGGAACGAAAUUUACGUGAAUUAUUCGCCGAGGCGGAAAAAUACAAACCAUCAAUUAUCUUUUUUGACGAGAUGGAUGGUCUUUGCCCAAGUCGAGAUAAUAGUGAGUCAAGUCGGUGGAGCAAUUCAACCGUGGCGACUCUGCUCGGACUAAUGGACACAGUCAAGCGUGGAGAAGUGUUCGUCAUAAAGAUUUAUUUUACAAGUUUCCUGAUGAACCAACCUUUCACUUCAGUGAAUAUCGUAUACCACUUUACAGCUAUGUUGUAA